UAUCUGCGUUAUCUCAUUUCGACCUUGACAUUGUAAUUCGAAGGACAGUAUCCAGGACAUACGCUGGGAGUUCAGUGUAACUCAAAUAUCGCUCUGUCAUACUGUCUCUACUGACAGCAAGACGGCAUCGGUCCCGCAACCCUGGCCCAUCACAAGACAUUUACAGCUAGUUAUCUUCGUAUUUCCUGACCCACACCUCCAGCCAUGCCGACAUGUCUGUUAAAGACAAACCUCAAGGACAGCGAGGUCCCGGAAGAUCUUGACGUCAAUUUGGCGAAGACAAUCUCUAAGGUUCUCAACAAACCCAUGGAGAGAAUGAGCACAACAAUACAAACUGGACUGCGCAUGUACCGCCUGGAGAGCAGGGCCCCGACUUGCUUCCUUCAGAUCCACUCAAUAGACGUGUUUGACAAAGACAGGAACCCAGCCUACACCCAGCCUAUCAUCGACUUCCUCAAGAAUGCCUUGAACAUUGACGGGAAUAGAAUUGUUAUCCAGUAUCUGCCGUUACACCUUUAUAACGUUGGAUUAGAAACGCCGUUGUAGAUGUCGCAGGCAACACUGUCACCCCGGUGUACUUCACAGAUGGUCGUCGGAGAUGCGCCUGUGUGCUUACUUUGUACAGUGGAUUAAAAUCAGAACAUAUGUCACAAGUAUUUGAAUAAAUAUAACAUGAAAUACAAUGUCUAUGAAA